AUGGCAAUACCGUUGAACCUGCACAACGGCCCUUGGGAGAUGCAUCCAAGCGAAGACGAUGACGGUUACAGCGAGAGUUCAAGCGACAGCAGUUCAGACGGAUCCUCAUCGGACGAAGAGCCACCUGCGAAAACCAGAACAAGACGCAGCGAUGAACUUGCCUGCUCUGCCGCCCCUACGCCAGAUGGCUCCCUCUCAGAACCCUUUCAGAGUAUGAUGACAGAGUCAUUCAACAACGUGGUGCUAUCCGACAUCACCAUCUUCAUCAAGGGGUUGCGCUUCCCAGCCCACAGUUUUGUUCUGGCGGCCCAGUGCGACUACUUUAAAGACGCAUUGACAAAGGGUGGUUUGAAGAAGGAAGCCAUCAGGGAGUUUCACUUUGACAAGUGGCCACCCCAUGAUUACUGGCGCAUGCUCGAAUACCUGUACAAGGGCACAUACUCUGUCGAACCAGUCGUUGAAUUUUCGGAAGCGGAUGACGAGCUCAUUCAUCGACAUGUCCACGCCUACGCUGUCGCAGAAGCUUUUGGGAUUGAGCGUCUCCAGCGACUGGCCACCAGCCGAUUCAAGGAAUGCAUGAAAGGAGAACACAUGGACAAGAGGUUCGUCGAAUGCGUUCGACUAGUUUUUAGGUGCACCAAGGUCAGGGGAAACAUGCUGCGACGAGAGGUCAUGGACAUUGUCGGCCGCCAUUCGAAAACACUGUGGGGAGUUGGUCCUUUUCAGCAUCUUGUCCGUGGCGGGCAAGACUUUGCCGUCGACUUUGCCGCCAAGCUUCUCGAGGCGGAAUAG